GUGAAAGAACGAGCACGAGGGAAAAUUUACUAACGGCGCAGUGUGUCCAGUAAAGUACCACUGACAACACAAAAGGUGCAGAAAGCAGGGAUACUUAAGUGGAACCAUUCCCAACAUUAACAGAUAAGUUUGCUGUGACAGUUCUUAAAGAUGAGUGUGGACCGAAUUCUGGACGGCAAAAUGGUUUCUACGACCCAGGAGCUGAGAGAAUCCGCAAAGAAGAAACAAAUGUUUGCCUUGGCUACAGAACUGGACAUUCUCCACCGAGAGGGGGCCUUGUGUGAUGUGUUUGUAACGGUGGACGAUAAACGAUUUGGAGCACAUAAGAUAAUUUUAGCAGCACUGAGUGAUGUAUUCCGAGCCAUGUUUAUGGGAGGUCUUAAGGAAGCCAGCCAAUCAGAGAUCACGCUGCAGGAUGACGUAGACUUAUCAGCAGAGGGCUUUGAGAUCUUACUAGAGUUUGCGUACUCAGCAAACUUAAACCUCAGCAUGGAUAACGUUUUUGAAGUACUAGCCUGUGCCUGUCACCUUAGCAUCAAAGUGGCGAUCGACAGUUGCAUCAUCUUCAUCAACCAGGCUUUUCAAAAUGGAGAACUCUCCUUCGACGACUACCUCAAGAUUGCCUCGAUGGCAGGAAACUACGCCCUGGAAGACUUGAAGAAGGUCGCAGAUCAUCACAUAGCGAGUAACUUCGGUGAGGUGUCGCAGACGGAGGACUUUCUGGAGCACAUGACUGCUCAUAAUCUGGGCCUGUUUCUCAUGAGAGAGGACUUGGCUGUUUCUAGUGAAGUUCAGGUCCUCAAGGCAGUUGUAAGUUGGCUUCACCAUAAACCAUCCUCGCGUCUCCACCACGCCGCAGCCCUGGUCAAGAAAGUACGCCUGGGUCUUAUCUCCGCUCAAGACCUUGAUGACUUGAUGGACAGCAAGAUCCUGUCCAUUCCACAAUGCAAGUCGGUGUUUGACCAGCUGAUUAAACACAUUGCGUUAAACAGCCCAAUCUGCGGCCAGCUUGUCAACAAACAUCCUGAGUUCUUUUCCGCUCGUGUCUCAACGAAGUCACUGUUGGCCCUAGGAGGACAGACAACAACAGGAUUUGCUCGAUUCUUCAACCAGGACAAGCAGGAAUGGUUGCAGAUGCCAAGGUUUCCAGGUUUGCCGUUUGAUGGGGUGUCGUAUCACAGGUUGAUCUCAGUCAUCGGCAAACUUUUCCUUGUCGGCGGAGUCUUCACAGAGUAUCGCAAGUCCUGCACUCAGAAGUAUUUCUACGUGUACGACCUUGUCGCAAACAAAUGGACACGCCUUCCACCGAUGAAGGUUGCUCGCAGACACGUUGCCGUCGUCCAUCUAAACGGCUACAUCUAUGCCAUUGGUGGACAGGAUGAUAAAGACGCUUGGGUUCAGUCUGCGGAACGCUACAAUCUGCGUCGGGGCGAAUGGGAAACGGUGGCUCCAAUACCAGUUGACAUGUCAGGGAUCCAUCCGUCCGCAGUGGCCUAUCACGAACGUAUCUUUGUCACUUCUCAAAAUGAAGACCAAUCUGGUCAGCAUCUCUACUCGUUAGAUCCUAUUACGAACACAUGGAAGAGUUGUGACUCUGUAACUACCGGAAAGCCGGGCCAACUUGUUUAUCUGGACUCGUCACUGUAUUUAGUAACCUACAAGACGGAGACAAGCAAACUUGGGAGGAAGGAGCCGUGGGACUACUGCCCCAUAGUGAAUGAAAUAAUAACACGCGAUGAGAGUCAGGGAUUCUCUUACGUUAUAGAUCAGCUUCAUGCUCACGAUCAGUCGCACGUACCGGAGAGUGAACUGAGGCCCUUCCGUAUUGGGAAACGUGUUUACUUGAUGGUCAACGGGAAGUGUUUGGACAGCAGGAUCGAUGUCACGGACGGUCAGGUGUAUGACGUGAAUCUGAACUCUUGGAGUAAACUCAUUAAGCAGACGGAGGGCGCUAGCAUCACGCUGUUUACGUUUGAUGCACACAGGUUUAAAAAAUCUGAUAUGUCUUAGUUAGUCCUCUGUCAAAUGAUUGGCGCAGGUUUAUGGAAAUACUUUAUUUGUUUAUUAUUUUCAAGCUUGUAUUAUGUACCUUAUAAUGCAGGCUACGGCACCAGUGUUCCAUACACCCUUGCUGCAUUGGUACCAUUUCCGUAGGUCCUCUUGCACUAUGGUCACCCAGACUCUGGACAUAAUGGACCCUUCCCAUGAAUAAUGCUAAUCACAUUCACGCAUGCUUACAGACCCUGUUGGUUGGCAAACGCCA